AUGGACAACAGUGUCAAACUGACCGGAUUCACCGCUCUCGCAGCUGCGGUGGUCGUAUUCCUGAACCUUCUCGCCGACGACCAUCCGAAAUCGACCGCAUCCGAAUCUGGUAAUGAAUCUGAUAGGAUCCUCAUCGGUAAGACCAUCGAGGCCCUUCAAAGGCUCUCCGAAGGCCAGUCCCAAUCUCUGUGCGGACAAGGCCUCCCGCAAGGCUACAUCACGCACUUAGAAUCUCGCCUCGCCAGCACCGAGCAAGCCCUCUUCGCGGUCUACGAGCAUCUUCGCUCGCUGGGCCUGCACACGGAGAUCCCGGAGGGUUUGGGCGAGCAGCAGCCGAGUCGGUCGCAGACGCGGGUCGCGAAGAUGGCUGAGUGGGAACGUCUUCCGCUCAAUGCGCGCGGGGAUUUGGAGCGGUGGUGGGCGGAACGGAGGGGUGGGGUGGUUGGUUAUUCGGAUGGAUGGGUUGGGGACGCUGCUCGGGCUCAGACUGUGGUGUUGGGGAUGGGGAGUAGAGAGGAUGGAGGGGUUCAAGAGGAAGUUAGAGAGAGGGAGGGUAAGGCAGAGGAGUUGGCGAGAGGGGAGGCUGGGGUUUAUUUUUGA